AUGUUUCGAAUCAAAUUCUUCUUCUGUUUUAUUCAUAUAGGUUUAAUUAUAACUUUAACCAAAUCCGAGUUUUCAUGCCUCACUAGUUCAAUCAUUUCUUGUCGUUGUAACAGCGAUGAAAGUUUAGUUACUUGUAUUGAAAAUCGUCCAAGUAAUGAAACAUUUAUCGAUUGGUCAACAUUUUCAUCCGGUGGUCAUCGAUUUCAUUUAUUUAAAUUCAUCAAUUUUACACAUUUAACAUCGAAUACAUUUACAAAUUUCACAUCAACAGUUCUUUCACUUGGACAAUUCGAAUUCACAUUUAUCAAUCGUAUUGAUCGAGUAGAAGAAAAUACUUUUCAAAUAUUGAAUUUUUAUUCCGAUACACCAAUUACUCUUAUUUUUGAAAGUCCAAGAAAUUUUCAACUUGCUAAUUAUGCAUUUAGUCGACUAAAAUAUAGAGAAAUUGUUAUUUCUGAUAUUCAAAAUGAUAAUCCUCCAUAUCAACUUAAUCUAAAAGCAUUUGAUAAUACACAAAUUUAUCAAAUGAGUAUUUCUAAUUCUCCCGAAUUUCAUUUUAUUUCUAAUGGUUCAUCAUUGAUAAAUAUUACUCACAUGAAAUUGAAAAAUUGUUCUUUAACAAAUAUUGAUCUUCUUCUUGAUACUCUUUCAACAUUUAUGUUAGAUAUAGAUUUAUCAUCAAAUAAAUUAAAUCAUAUUCCAUCAUUCAUGAAAUUAUCUACAUUAAAGGAUAUUGACUUAAGUGCAAAUUUAUUUGAAGAUGUCAAAUCAAAUAUAUUUACAAAUUUAACUCAACUAAAUCGAAUAAAUUUAUCACAUAAUCAAAUCAAACAUAUUGCACCUGAUGCAUUCCUCGGAUUAACACAGUUAUCUACUCUAGUUUUAUACGAUAAUCGUUUAACUUCACUUGAAACUAUCACAGUUCAUAAUGAAGUUAUAUCAUUUUUAUAUCCAUUAGUUCAAACAUUAACUACAUUGCAUUUAUCAAACAAUUUUUUACAUGAUUUCAAAGCUAUACGAAAUCUCUCAUCUCUAAAUUCAUUACAAAUAUGUUGCAAUAAAAUUAAAACUUUGGAUGAAAAUGCAUUUAAAAAUGUACAUAAACUUGAAACGAUUGAUUUGAGUUCUAAUCAUAUUGAAUCAAUUCAUCCGAUGGCUUUUGAUGGAACAAUUCUGAUAGAUCUGGAUCUAUCAUCAAAUAGUUUCUCUUCGUUGGAAACAACAAAACAUGUAAUUGAUGACCAUUUUCAUUCAAAAAAUCAAACAAGCUCAUUUCUUGAUACGAUUCAAUCGACACUUAUAGUUUUAUCAUUAGAAAAUUGUACAAAUCUAUUAGAAUUGAAUUGGUUUGUUUUAACAAAAUUACGACAAUUAACAAUUCUGAAACUUUCAGGAAUACCAAAAACAGACAAAUUUUGGACAUUAGAACCGAGAGACGGUUCAAUUAUUGAUUGGCAUGGUCCAUCAUUCGAUCAUCGAGUUUCUCUUAAUGAUAUUCGCUUCGAUAAUAAUGAUUAUUGUCUAUCAAAGCCAAUUUUUCAAAUAUUCAAUAGAACAACGAUACACGUUGAUGAAAAUCAUCCGUGUAAUUGUUUUAUUUUUAUGAUGAAAAAGAAAUUUGGUGCAGGUCAUCAUCCAAUUUGUUUAUCAAAUCAAUCAAUUGUGCAAGAACUAACUCAUGAAUGUGUGAAUAUUGACUUGUCCUGUUUAUCACUGGUAAAUAGUACAACUAUACCACUAACUCAAUCUUCAUCAUCGUCAUCAUCUAUGACUAGUACUUCAAAAGAAACUUCAUUGACGUCUAAAUUGACAACUAUGUCAUCAAGUCAAUCCUCAUCAACUAUAGGUAGUACUGUAACAGUAACAACAGGAUCAAUAAAAACUUCAUCUACCUCAAGUUUGACAACAUCAGUUACAACGACGACGACGACGACGACAACAAAUGCAUCAACUACACUACGAACAAUAAUAAUGGAUGAUGGAAAAUGGAAAACUAUAUUAGCAAUAACAAUUCCUUUAACAGCUGUUGCUAUUAUUGCAGCUGGAACCAGUAUUUUUAUUGUUAAAAGAUGGAAAAAGAAGAAUCCCAAGGAAAGUUUUGAGAUGCUUACUGGAUUUGAAAAUUUAUUAGCGAGAAAAUAA